CACAGAUUCAACAACCUCAAUAAUACAGAUACCAUAAUCUCAGUUAUACCCAAAUGAGUAAAAGUUCAGCGCUGCAUGCAACCAGUCCAAGUAGGGACAACAAGUUUAAGGGUGUUCGCCGUCGCAAAUGGGGCAAGUGGGUGUCGGAGAUUCGAGUUCCGGGAACCCAGGAGCGGCUCUGGCUGGGGACCUACAUCACGCCGGAGGCGGCGGCGGUUGCUCACGACGUCGCCGUGUACUGUCUCAGAAGGCCUUCUUCGUUGGAGAAACUGAACUUGCCAGAAACCUUGUGUUCUUACAGUGGUCAGCUGAGGGACAUGUCUCCGAGGUCUGUUCAGAAGGUGGCUUCCGACGUUGGCAUGGAUGUUGACGCCAGAAACAUUGCCGCCGGCGGAAGUUCAAGUGGGGUGGCACAAAAUCAGGAGAGUGAGAAGAAAAUGGAGGAGAUUGGAGCAGGUGGUGAUCAUUGUGAUGAGUUUUGGUGGGAUGGUUUGGAGGGUGGUGAUUCUGGGACAUGGAAAGGAAAUGGUGAAGAUUGUACAGAUAGGAAUGGCUUGAACAUUUCCAUUGAAGACUAUCUUUAGGUGCAGAAAUGAAGCAGAAACUUUUCCCUAGCCGUCAGUAACGAAAGAGAAGACGAAGAAGAAAUGUUCAAGUGGUCAAGGUUUGAGCUACAGUGAUGGUUUUUGACUUUGAUGUGAAUAGUCUAGAUAGUUAAACUCACAAAUCAAAAGAAAAGUAAUUUCUCUUAGCAUUUCCUCGUGUUUACAUCAGCUGAUGUAAUUUUAGCUUUCUUUUUGAAGCAAAGAAAAAAGAAACUAAAAAGGCCAGAAAAGGAAGGUUAUCCACUCAAAAACCAAAGAAAAAUGAAAUUGGUCAACUUGACACUUUCACACACAUUUGCAUUUGUGCAAAUUGCUAUAAUCCCUGGAAAACGCAUCAAGACUUGAAUGCGUUUACCUUUUGUUUUUUAACCACAGACACAGUUCAGCAUUGCGGAAAAUAUUUCUUCAUAAGAAUGAAUAAUUACCAUUCAGUGUCUCCUGUUACCAGUAAUUUUUCAACCUAUAAAUUAUAUAAAUUAAACUAAACAGGUGGAAAUCACGUUUUGUGUAAAAGUUAAAAGUAAUGGUUCAAACUGAUUAUGAAAAAGAGAAAACUGGUUAUGUAAGUAUUUAAGGAGUGAAG